GAAAUCAGUGCGCAGCUCUGCGCCUCUGCAUUUUCAGGGAGGCGCGCAUCUUGUUUGGCUCAUUCGAGCCCGGGCUCUUCUCCGUGCGUAAUGCGGCACCGGACACGAGAGAGGCACCCGAGAACCUUCGCAGUGGCGAACUGCUAACCAACAGCUCAGUUCAUGAAUUGCUGCCAGUUGCGGGAAUUCGAUAAGGAAACAGUUUCUUAUUGUCGAUGACUGAUUUAACUUUUGUGCGUACUUUCCAAAGUGAAAAGAUGUUACUACUCAAUAGGAUCACCUCUGGAUGCUCCUGGCUGACACGGAUGGCCACUUUACUCCACCUGGUUCCGUUCCUUCAGCUGGCGGGGUGGGACACGACCGAGGCCAUCCACCCAGACUGUGCCCUGGUGGUUCAGCUUAUAAAAGCCCAGGAGGAAUGCAACCAGAUCCUCAAACAGGAGAAGGCCAACCAAUCCACCUGGCCAGGUUGUCCAACGCUGUGGGAUAAUUUCCACUGCUGGUACCGCGCUGAGGUGGGAGAGGUGAUCAGCAUCUCGUGUGGCAACAUCUCCCAGCUGUUUGCUAACAACCAAGCCUACAUCUAUAGGAACUGCACUGAGAAUGGAUGGGCCGAGCUCAACCUGACCUACAGGGAGGCCUGUGAGUUCUCUGACAUCGAGGUGACAGAACCAGAGACAGCAUACUUCUCCAACUUCAAACAAGUGUACACGGCCGGCUACGCUACCUCCCUCAUCUCUCUUAUAUCUGCCAUUUUUGUCUUCACUGUCUACAGAAAGUUUCACUGCACCAGGAACUACAUCCACAUCAACCUGUUCAUCUCCUUCAUCCUGAGAGCGAGUGCUGUCUUCAUUAAAGAUGGCAUCCUCUUCUUUGAUGAAAACUUGGACCACUGCUUCAUGUCUACAGCAGCCUGUAAAUCAGCCGUGGCCUUCUUCCAGUUCAGCAUCCUGGCCAACUACUUCUGGCUGCUGGUGGAGGGCAUGUACUUGCAGACGUUGCUUGCACUCACCUUUGUCUUUCAGAGGAAAUACUUCUGGUGGUACAUACUCAUUGGAUGGGGUCUCCCAACAACAAUCAUCACGGCGUGGAUCCUCACCCGAAACUUCUACGAUAACAGGGGGUGCUGGGAUGACACGGACGUGGCCUUCAUCUGGUGGAUCAUUAAAGCUCCAAUAACCGCAUCACUACUGGUGAACUUCAUCAUCUUCAUCAAUGUGAUCCGUAUUCUGGUCCAGAAGCUGAGGUCUCCAGGUGUCGGAGGCAACGACACCAGUCACUUCAAGAGGCUGGCCAAGUCCACGCUGCUCCUCAUCCCCCUGUUCGGGAUGCACUACAUGGUGUUUGCUUUCCUGCCAGAAAACACAGGCACAGAUGCCCGAAUCAUCAUAGAGCUCGGCCUGGGCUCCUUCCAGGGAUUUGUGGUGGCUCUGCUCUACUGCUUCUUGAACGGUGAGGUUCAGGCUGAGCUGAAGAAGAGGUUCUGGAAAUGGCAGACUCAGAGCUACCUGAGCUACAGUAAACGACGGCGCACACUGUUCACUGAGAGCAGCACCAUCACUCAGAUCUCUGUUCUGGACAAAUCCAGCCCCAAAGAUCAGCCGGGCUCACAGACACGUGCCCUCACGGCCAGCGACGUCUCCGCUGUGUGACGGACACUCGACGAAUACCUGAGCCUGAGACUGAACCACACAACCUGAUUAUUGAAUGUUAAAGAACCUCUUAACUGUGUAGAAUCCUCGGUGGCCCACCUAAUUUAGGUAUCAACAUGAGACUAACCAAUUCACUACACCAUACACAAGUUUCACAAAAAAUUUGCCUAAAGCUUUGGUACUAGUAGAAACAAAGGGCAUCUUACUCAAAAUUCCAACAUCUAGUAGAUAUUUUCGUCUUUGUCAGUGCAUAUACACACACUGCAAAACAUGCCCCUCAAGUAAUGGCAAUUAGUAUGAAAUUUUAUUAACUGUGACAAGAAUGUCUAUUUUAUGAUUUUGUUUUGGGAGGCCUCGGUCACAUUUUACAGGCAACUAAUAAGCAAAUUCUCUUUUACAACAGCACUGAUAUCACCAGUGUACAGCUUCACAACAUUAACAGUCAAAACCGUUUUACUAAAAGGAGGAAAUAAUUCAUUCCUCAUGUAGCCCACAACCUUUCUGACUCAGUCUUUCCCUUGUGAUAAAAAGUCAUGUUUGUUGUUUUUACUGAGGGGAAUUAAUGCUUGGAAACGGGCAACGACAAAGAACAACGUAGGAGAUAAUGGUGGUUGAUUUGUUGUAGGCCUGAGGUCACAUCACUGCAGCACAGUGUUUCAGCUGUGCCUUCUUUGGUGUGUAACAGUCUGUGUCCCUUUAACAUUUUCCCAACAACGAGUGUCAAUCAACUUAUCACCAAGAGGUGCACCCAGUGGUUAACCGGAGUCAGAGGCACCUCUGCAAAUGCCACAAAAUUAAAUCCCAUAUUCACCAAAAACAAAACCAGGACUAUAUACAGCAUCUAUAAACAAACAUAAUUGUUUACAUGUAUAAUUUGGAUCAAAUCUACAAAAAACAAACUGACUAAACUACAAUGAAAACCUCAGGUUGUAGUGUCAUAGAUCAAGCUCAUCUUCCACAUUAUUUUCAUCAUCCAGAGGGUUCCAGAGUCUUUUUACAUAAACACCCCUGCAUCGUGGUUUCUAAGCCAUCACACUAAAGCUUUGAAACACAGGGGUGGCAAAUUGUGGGUUAUUUAUGUUACUGAUAAUGAACUGAUACCAGUUGUGGUCAAAACACUGCUUAUUUAAAUGAUGGAGGCUUAGUGUGUGAUCAUCGUUACAGUAAAACGAACUGUGUUGAAGCACAGUUUGAACAUUUUUCACUAUGAUUUGAUUAUCUGCAUUAGGAACAACCCCUCCUCCUCCUUUGUCUGCUCUAUAGGUUGUGAUAGUAAAGUAAUUCCCUGGUUCCAUUAAUACCUUUUUGUUUUUACAUUGUUGUUUUGCUUCUUAGAUUAAUGCUCCUUUUUUCAGUUCUGCAUUUGUAUCAUUUCAACCAGGCUGCACAAAGUGUUGACUGAGGCAGUGUUGAACAAGCUACAAAGGUAUUUUUGGUAUAAAUUUGUAUAUAUCUUAGCAGAUUUGAUCCUUUUUACCUGACAGAAACAGCCCACACAGAUAGGCAGCAGUGCAUGGUAGGUUCACUCUCUGCCCUACAGUUUCAUCCCUCAGUGGCUUCCAACCCACAAAUUUAAAACAACCAAUAAAGUUUGUUGGAACACAUGACCAGUCUGAAGUUACUGCUGACAGGGAGAAAAGGGUAGAGAGGAACUACCGCAACACCACAUCUCCAAGAAUUUAUUGCUGUCUCUGAGCAGUGAAGCUUGGGACAGUGGCUGCCCUGGUGUUUAUCGGACGAGGGGAACCUGUCAAGCAUCUGCCAAACCAACCAACUAAGUCUCAUCCUUGAAAGCUUAUUGUGUGUAAAACCAAGUGCUCCAGCCUCAGGUGGCAGUAACAAGCCCAUUAUUUGCUGACACAAGCUGCGUAAAGACAAGGUUUAUGUUUUUACAAAAGUAUAUUUGGGUUUUAAAAGAGGUGAGACUUCAAGGAUCAGGACUUCCUGGAAGGUUUGGAAACUUCUCCCACAUCAGCAGAUAGAGCUUUCUAAUGGAGGCAUGCAGGAAUGAACGACACACUCCCAAAUGGGGCAUGGAAAUCAAAUGUGUUCCUGCUGUUUCACAAGUCUUAAAGUGUUUUAUCAAUACAUAUGCACUUGCUGGUUGCUAAUUUUGCAGCUCUGUAUUUAGUUCUUAACACUUUUACCUGAGGAAUUGGUGCCAUCCAUUUAGGUUUGGACUCUGCUCACUGUGACGUUCUCAUUGUUCUGCCAGUUACUGAUUCAGUGCCACUUGGGUUUUUGAAUGGCGGUCACUGAGAAUUCCAUGAUCAUGUUUCAGAGCAAUUUCUUCUAAAAUUAGACUUUUAAACUCUCUUAUUUAAUAGAACAUGCCCAUGUUACCAUCAGUGGCUCUGCAUGCAACAUGUUGCACAGUGCACUAGCGCACAUCUGGAGCACUAGACUGUAAAAGCUACUGUUUUUAUGUGUUUUUGUGAAUGUAAAUGACCUGAAGUAGAGUUUACAUGUAUUUUAUGACUUUGUCCAUCAGAUUUCUAUAAUUACUAUAUAAUUACUAUAUUAAACUACCUUGUUGCUAUAAAAUGAAAGUCAUAUAUAUAUAGUAACUAAAAUGAGAUUAAACAAGAAAUAAGUUGUAUUUAUACUUAAGAUGUUUUCUAUCUCACAUGGAGAUUAGUUUUAUUCUUAUAUAGUGUAAUAUUUCAAAAAGUGGUGACCAUCAUGUGGUAUGUGUCCUGAUUUGUUAUCAUAGGUUUAGCAGUGCUGUGCUGUUUUCUCUGAGGAGUCACUCUGGGAGAGUAGAUGAGUCGUGGGUAUUCUCAGUGUCUGUGUAUCGACUGUACAUGUUUCUCUGUGUUUGGACGUUAUUUAACUGUACAUUUCUACAGGAUUCUUCAUGGAAGGAAAUAAUGUUUCUCAGCUACUAGUGCCUUCACUGAUUUCAUGCAGUUUAAGUGGACUGAACCUGCAGCUGAAUGGCAUUAAAGAUCAUAUAAUUAAGAUCGUGAUAUUAUACCGUGUACUUGGGUCUUUCAUGUUCUGCAGAGACAAAGAGAACGGUGACAUCAGCUAAGCAUGUUGUGAAAAACUGCUUUUCAUGUUGUGUCUGAACGUUUUAGAUUAGAACACUCUACAGUUUUGGUGUGGACAGUGAACAUGUUCCUAUUUUCUGACCUUAAAAUAUAAUAUGGAUGUUUCUUUCACAGGUUCCAUUUUGCAACACGAGUGGAAGUUUCUGGUUCAGUGUUUUGUUAUUUUGGCUUGGGGUGAACAUUAAAGAUAAGGCUGGUGAGUGUCUAUAUUUUUCUCAUUGUCAACAUCCUAUGAAAAGCAAAACAAAACAAAACCAAUGUAUUAAUAUGUCUUUCAGUACUUUGUGUUUCUGGCCUGUGGGACUCAGCUACUGCAAAUGUAAAUCUUUGAAAAUGACUCACAAACUUACAGUUUCAUUUGUAAAAUAGGCUCAGUCAUUUCCUACAGCAGCUGGGAUCUGCAGUUUAUAGCCAACGUUGCUUAAACAGGAGAAAACAUUGCAUUUCUUCUG